GUUCGGUCACUCAGAACAGCACCGUCGCGUGUUGGCCACAGUUGAUGAGCUCUCGCAGACGCCGUAAUCAGAAGUUUCGCCGUUUUGCGACGGGAUGUGAAAAGUGCAAUAAAGCUGCCAAAAUCCGUUUAUAUUUCCAAAUUUCCCUCAGAUUGGGAUGAUUUCGUUAAUCUGACUUUAUCCAUACAAAUAAAUUAAAUUGCAAGGUAUCAAUUACCAAAGUUUGAAUCGAAAUCAAUUUUAGAAAACUUACUUCACUUAUCAAAGUUUUAGUGCCUAAAAUCUUAAAAAGUGAUUUUAACAACGUUUUGGCGCCAACUGGCGUGGCGACAAGUGUCUGCUUAGGAGCCCCGGCAAUCUGCCUUAGCUAAUUGCCUAGCAAUCUCCGCAUCCGAGCUGAAUUCUGUGCCCCAGAUGCCAUAAAGAUUAGUCUGCUUAUCUGGCCCUUCGACUGACUGGGGACUACGCCACAGCCACUUGGAAUAUCAGUAGUGCAAAAUGAGAGACAAGAAGGAACAGGCGAACAGCCGCAAGGCCUCCCAAGUCUCGGGACACUUUUCCCAAAUGGACGUGGACGACUCGGAGUUCAACGAUCCCUUCCAGGCUCUGAUGGAGAAGGCUGGCAACCAUGGACGGUAUCAAACCCUUUACAAUUUCGUAUUUGUCGGCGGUUUGGCCUUCAGCGGUGCCAUGAUCUACAUGAACAUCAUCCUGGCCCUCAAUAUACCCGAUCACUGGUGCACAGUGCCAGGCAGGGAAAACACCAAUUUUUCACUCGAGGAGUGGCGGGACAUUACCCUGCCCAAACAGGCUGACAACCGCGGAAGGGAGAAGUUCAGCAACUGUGAAAUGUUUCAAAUGAACUUCUCAGAGAUCACGGACUGGUCAGCUUGGAAUAGCAAUGGGACAAAAACGACAGAAGCCUGCCAGAACGGCUGGAGUUACGACAAGACCUGGUACGAGAGCACCAUCCCCACGGACCACAACUGGGUGUGCGCCAAGGAUUUGUUCGUGACAAAUGUGUUCGUGGUGGGUCGUGUGACGGAGGUGGCCGGUUCAUUUAUAUUGGGACAAAUGGGCGACUCCUACGGUCGCAGGUUUGUGUACUACAUCAGCGUGGUCUUCUGCUCCCUGGGACGCCUUGGGUCCAUCAUGUGCACCAGCUCAUACACGUGGUUCCUCAUCAUGUCCGGCAUCGUGGGCCUCACCGUGAACAGCCUCUUCCAAUCGCCUCAAAUUAUCGGCAUGGAAAUCUCGCGGGAGGAGGACCGGAGUCGAAUUGCCUUCUUCCAGAGCUGCGGCUGGUCCAUCGGCACCACCCUAAUGCCUCUGCUCUACUGGUGGCUACGCCACUGGGACUCCUUCAUGUGGCUCACCUCGAUACCCACAGCGAUGGUUCUGCUUUUUUCCAAAUACGUCAUCGAAUCGCCCCGAUGGUUGAUUAGCAAACAGCGCUUCCGCGAGGCCAUUAUCCAACUGCAGAAGAUAGCCAAAAUUAACGGUCAUCGCUUCGACAUGACCGAGAAGGAAUUGGCGGAGAUCUACAGCCGGGACAAGCAGGACGUCACCUACGGCAUUGCAUCGCUCUUUGCUGGUUGGCGGCUGGCACGCAACACCACCAUCAUGGGAUUCAGCUGGUGCGUGGUGGCCGUCUCCUAUUUCACGCUGGUGCUCUUCAGUUCCCGCAUGGCGGGCAAUCCGUUCCUGAACUUUUUAUACCAGAGCAUUGUGGAAAUCCCCGCCUACGUCGUGGGCCGUUAUAUGGGCGAUACGUACGGCAGGCGGUUCACCAACUCCGUGUCGUUCCUCAUCUCGUUCGUCACCUGCCUGCCCAUCAUUGUGUAUUCGACGGAUGAGCGGUACGAGAACCUCAUGAUCUACCUGGCCACGUUCAUCAAGUUCCUCAACGCCCUCACCUUUUUCACGGUGAAUCUGCAGUGCCUGGAGAUCUAUCCCACGUGCAUGCGUCAGACGGGCGUGGCGUUGGGCACCAUUCUGGCCAACGCCAUCGGAGUCCUGGCCCCGUACCUGGUCUACCUGGGCACCACCGUGGACAUCCGGGCACCGUACUACAUCCUGGGCGUUCUCUUUCUGCUGGGCGGCAUUGGAGCUCUCUUCCUGCCGGAGACCCUGCACAAGAAGCUGCCGGACACCAUGGAGGAGGCGGGUCACUUUGGCAAACACGAUAAAUUCUUCAGUCUGCCGAAACCGCCGCCGGCGGCGGAGAAGGACGACAAGCUGUCAUCCCAUCCGGAGUUAACCAGGCUCAGACGCUCGGAGACGGCGCCCUGA